ACAUGGCAAUGACAGGCUCAACACCUUGCUCAUCCAUGAGUAAUCAUACAAAAGAAAGGGUGACAAUGACCAAAGUGACACUGGAGAAUUUUUAUAGCAACCUUAUUGCUCAACAUGAAGAACGAGAAAUGAGACAGAAGAAGUUAGAAAAAGUGAUGGAGGAAGAAGGCCUAAAAGAUGAAGAGAAACGACUCAGGAGGUCAGCACAUGCUCGGAAGGAAACAGAGUUUCUUCGAUUAAAGAGAACAAGGCUUGGGCUGGAAGAUUUUGAGUCUUUAAAAGUCAUAGGUCGAGGAGCAUUUGGUGAGGUGCGGCUCGUUCAAAAGAAAGACACAGGGCAUGUGUAUGCCAUGAAAAUCCUGCGCAAAGCAGACAUGCUCGAGAAGGAGCAGGUCGGCCACAUCCGUGCGGAGCGUGACAUUCUAGUGGAGGCAGACAGUCUGUGGGUUGUGAAAAUGUUCUAUAGUUUUCAGGAUAAGCUAAACCUCUACCUAAUCAUGGAGUUCCUGCCUGGAGGGGACAUGAUGACCUUAUUGAUGAAAAAAGAUACUCUGACAGAAGAGGAGACACAGUUUUACAUAGCAGAAACAGUAUUAGCCAUAGAUUCCAUUCACCAGCUGGGAUUCAUCCAUAGAGACAUCAAGCCAGACAACCUUCUCUUGGACAGCAAGGGCCAUGUGAAACUUUCUGACUUUGGCCUUUGCACAGGCCUGAAAAAAGCACAUAGGACAGAAUUUUAUAGGAACCUGAACCACAGUCUCCCCAGUGAUUUCACUUUCCAGAACAUGAAUUCCAAAAGGAAAGCAGAGACCUGGAAAAGAAACAGACGCCAGUUAGCCUUCUCCACAGUGGGCACUCCUGAUUACAUUGCUCCUGAGGUCUUUAUGCAGACCGGGUACAACAAGCUCUGUGAUUGGUGGUCUCUCGGGGUGAUCAUGUAUGAGAUGCUUAUUGGCUACCCACCUUUCUGCUCUGAGACCCCACAAGAGACAUAUAAGAAGGUGAUGAACUGGAAGGAAACUUUGACCUUUCCCCCAGAAGUUCCCAUCUCCGAGAAAGCCAAGGGCCUGAUUCUGAGGUUCUGCUGUGAGUGGGAACAUAGAGUUGGAGGCUCUGGAGUUGAAGAAAUAAAAAAUAACCCUUUCUUUGAAGGUGUUGACUGGGAACAUAUCAGGGAGAGACCAGCUGCGAUAUCUAUUGAAAUCAAGAGCAUCGAUGAUACUUCCAACUUCGAUGAAUUUCCAGAGUCGGAUAUUCUUAAACCCACAGUGACCACCAGUAAUCACCCUGAGACUGACUACAAGAACAAAGACUGGGUCUUCAUCAAUUAUACCUACAAGCGCUUUGAGGGUCUGACGGCCAGGGGGGCCAUUCCUUCCUACAUGAAGGCAGCAAAAUAAGGUUGUGCUGGGAACCCCAAACUGGGCAGAGUCCCCUGUACAACAUUGCGGUUUUCCUCUCACACUCUUGAAAGAUUUCCAAGAAGUUUGUAGAACCUGUUAACGUGCAUAGUCAAGUCUCUGCAAUGUGAUUGUAAGCGGCUAUGCCUCUAUAGUGCACCAGGAAACUGAUAGGACAAAGACAAGCAUUUCUCCAUCCGCCAUAAACAGCUGUCUGUCUUGCUUCUCUAGAAGCCCUGCGAGCCAGUUUGCUAGGUGUUUCAAAGAGAAUUUGGAUUUCCUAAGUUCAUCAGAAUGAAGGAGAAAAAGAGCCAUCAUCCACCAUUACUGAGAUUAUAUACACUGAGUACCAGCUAAUGCCUGUGUUGUGGUGAUAUGCCACCUGCCAAGCCCAUCAAGUAUUUCUUUUCUCUUUAUAGCUGAAAAAUCUAUAGUUAAAGAAAUAACGCAAUAAUGAAAGUCUGUGUGAACAGCCAACAGUGUGGCUGAAGGAACAACCUCCAUCCUACAGGUGUGGGUGUUUUCUCCUCAUACCUCAGCCUGGCAGAGUGGCUUUCCACAGCCUUCAUUCAUGGUGCACUUUACUUAUGGUACUAGGGCAAAGACCCCAACCCACUGACCUAUCUCCCCAUCCAAAAGCCUCGUGCUGCUCUCCUGAAUGUUGAUAGGGGAGGCACGAGUGUGACCCUUUGUUGCUGUUAGAAAGCCCGCACAGCCACUGGGCACCGCCAAGGAGUUCUGGACCAUGUGAGCAAACCUCACUUUCUCCUCACGGCUAUACAAGACGAUCUUGAGAUACAUGGUGCCUACCAGCAAUAGCCGGAAGUGCUAUAGGACAUCUUGAACCUGGUGGAGGCUCAGGUGCUGCCAUGCACAUCUCACAGCCUCCAUGGAAGUCAAGGCAGACCCAGCCCAUUGAUGAGUCCUCGAUCUCAUUCCUCAACUCAUGGUGCAACUGUGUUUGUCUUGGUCUUUCCCCAUCCCAACUUUAAGUAGCCAUUUUGCCUUGGAAUCAUGAUUACAAAAUUUUCCUUUGCAGAUGCCUUCCUGGGGGAUACUUGCCCCUGCACCCAAAAGGGUUGCCUGCAAAUAGGGCUGCCUUGGCCUCCUCUGUGGCAAUCUCUCAUGAGAAACACUGAAUUAAGCACAAAGUGCCUUGUCUGUCACAGCUGCUGCCACCUUUAGAAAACUUUUUGCUGCGUCAGAAAAAUGUGGAGGUUUGAUAUUAAUGCAUUAGUAGAGUUUGGUUUCAAGUGUUGAUAACUGUCAAAGCAUUGUUUGCACCUGUGUGGUAACUUGCAGUGUCAUGGCCAGGCUGUGACUGGGACUCACUCUGCCAGUCUUGACACUGUGAAGGUCAACUCUGUCCUAGCUCAGCCAUUCAGAGAAUAGAAUAGAAGACUUAAAAUUGUAAGCAAAACUGCUUUGGUUUCCACGUCUUAGGUAAAGAAAAUGGAGUAUUAGGGAAGUCUUGACUCUGGGUAAGAGUACUGGCUGUGUUAGCUCCUUGAUCUGUUAUUCAGAGCCUGGUGCAAAGGAGAUAAAGGGCCUAUGGUUGGCUUUGAGCUCUGUAUUACCAAACAGUUGGGGUCCUGAACCCUGUGUGUUUGCAGGAGUGUGUGAGCACGGAUGGAGAAAUAAUAGAGUAGUGGUAGAGCCUGUGUGGUGGGCAUGCUUCGUUCUGGGGAGGAUGCCCGCAUUUUAACGAUUCAAUGUUUGAAUAAACUGUGAAAACAGUA